GUUUGAUCGAAUUUACGAGCGGAUUGUCACAUGUUCCAACAAGCCAUAACGACAACAUCGUCGGCACGAAAGCAAAUCGGCAGAUAAGAAUCCUCUGGUAGUGGUAGACCAGGUCGUGUCUGGAUCGUGCUUGUAGUGAUUUCUCAUAUGGCUCGUGUCGCUCGUGGAACGGGUGGUGGUAACGAUGGUAGUGGCGAGUUUCUUGGCAGUGCUGGUAAUAGUGACGACAGAGAUGUUAUUGAAGAAUCUAUGAAACCGAAGUUAUUAUUCUUUAUUGCGUGAAGAUUCGAUGAAGUUUUCGAGUUUCCCGCGGAAAGCUGCAAAUUAGUGAUUAUAAUUGCGGGGAACACGUGGGAAUGUUAUAUGAUCAAAUUACUUCGUCGAAGGAUGUACUUCGAAAGCAAUAUGAAGAUACCUUAUGUGCGUGGUUGAGUUUUGAUGAAGUUGCGAUUUAUGAAGAAGAUGCGCAGUUGAAGACCGAGGAUCUAGAAGAGGAGGACGAGAAGGAGCGUGACGAACGACGGGGUCCAGGGAUGUCUACGGUGUCAAUCAAUAAAUUGCAGAUUUUAUGGGAUUACUUUAUUCAUGCUGAACCCCAGAGUUACGAGAAAUCAUCUUGGCUUGAUAUAUUUCUGGCGGAAUUUCUCGCGCAGAUUAAGGAAGGCAAAGACGUAAAAGAUGUUUUAUCUUUCUGUUCGGCUGGUGGCGGCGGCGUAUCGACUCUCGUGGCUUGCGAAUUACUAUCGGACGUGCAUGACCUAUGCGGGAAGAAGAACAAUGGCAGUGAGUUGGUUAGUCUACGAAAGUAUUUGGUCCAGGAUCGUGGUUGGCGUUAUCUGGCGGUGCUACAUCUAUUGGGUGUACGCGGUUUGUCUUGCGGUCGCGAAUUGGUCACGUUGUUGGUCGCUCUCUAUCCAGUUGCGUUCCAAGAGGGAGUUGCCGAUUCGAAAGCUAACUUAUCCACCAUAUCGCAGUCCGAUGGCGAAUCUAUCGUUGUUGGAUCAUCAACACGCAAUCAAUACGUGAAGUUUCACUGUAACGACAAUGUCGUCGAUAUGGUAGACAUCGUUCUGCACGCGAAACGCAAGACCAUUAAGGGCUUCUCUCACGAGAGCGAUGCACCUUCGGGUGGGAAAUCAGCUCGCAGACGAUCCGUCACUAACGCUGCAAAAUCCCGUAAAUCCAUUAAUCACAACCAGAUGAAAUCGUUAUCGAUUUUAAAAUCUCGACAUAAUAUACCCGAGAACGCGACGAGCAGCGAGUCUGAGCUAUUAACGGAUGGCAUCGAUCCAGCGCGUUCCCUCACUCUGAAGAUCCGUCUGAAUCCGAUGGAUUUCGAAUAUUUCACGUCGGUCGUUAGAAGCGAUGAAGAGCAGAAAUGGCAGGCCGAGUUGUAUGAGCUGCCACCUCGUCCUGUGAGAAAAACACCGCGUGAUUAUAUCGACGAAAGAAUCCAGGACGUAUUGAAUGCCGAGAUCAGUAACUUUGAAAUUAGUUUGCUCAUCAUACAGCUGCUACAGGGUUUGCGCGACUACGAUACGCCCGCCGAGCAAACACCAGCAGUACAGGUUCUGAAAUUUGCUCUAGACACGCUGUGGUCGCUACAAUUUGGCAUAGAUGGUAACAAUUUGAGUGGUAUAGAUUGCGUUACUCUAAAAGCGGCAGCCGCCAGAUUGAUGUUAACAGCUCUGGAACGCGCUUUGAGAGCCGAUGAACCUACCACAGCGGUGAUUCACAAUGGCCUAUUGCCAAUGACUCUGAGAUUGUUGGAAGAUGCCUGCAGCAAACCGAUAAACAUAUUGGAGCCGGAGGAAGGUUCAUUAUUGCAGGAAUUCAUUUUUGCCACCAUCUACGGGAUCGUUACUUUUCUUUAUUGUCUAUUACAUCAACGCGGCGGCAACAUCGACAAGCUAUCAGAUUUUCUUGAACUGUUUCGACUUUUUGUUGAGAGUCAAGAUGGUAAGCUCGUCGAGAGAACAAUAUUCGCAAUCGUCGAUCUACCCAGCGUUGAUGCGACGAAAUCGAUAGUACGCGCCAAGAAGAUAAUCGAUAUGAUAGGCGCGCUGACCAGCGGAUUGAAGCGUGUUCGCCGCGAUCUCUCUCACGUCAUGCAAUGCCACAGGACUAAACAUAGAUCCUGCAUCGACAACAUUCAAAGUUAUCAUCAUUCAGACGUACUCGGAGUACCGUACUCCCAAUCGAUUGUUGGUGUAGCUGAUAAACAAAUGUGCUGUAUUUCCUCACUAUUCGCGACGCUCAUAAGUUUAUUGAAAAAGUCUCAUCUGUUUGCGAGCGAACUACAAGUGAGAUUGAUCAAGAUCACUACCGCCGCGGAAUUGGGCGCUUAUCCAGUGACAGACGCGUGCAAUACCUGUGUCAGGCCGGCGAAUUAUUCGUGGGAUUUUCUGGAAAUGUACGUCGAUUUACUGUGUCCUAGCGAUCCGAAACUUUGUUACGUCAUCAUGGCGCAUCUGCUGCAAGUUACAUCCGGUUCUCGAUUUCACGUAAGGGAACAACUUCUGCUCAGAGUUUUCUAUCCGGCUUUUUUGCGAGCUAAAGAAUGUUACAUAAUCGAUAACAGCGAUGUAACGGCAAAGUUUCUCUUGCAGUCUUGUAUGUCCGUUAUGUCAUGUUUAAUCGUAAACGCGCACAUGUGUGAGAGAUUUAUGGAGAUAAACGGAUUGCGUGAGAUAUUACCCUUGAUGGCAAAUGUGGCAUUCACUAGAAGCGUUUAUGGUCUUUUGGAAGUCACCGUAGCUAUGGAGAUUUGGAAGAUGCGUGAUGAGAAAUUUGAUAAUUUAGAAAGCAUCGAGAUGCCGGUCGCGACUAGAGCUCUUUUUGAAUCUCUUGAUAGAGAGACGAACGAAUUAUUGAGUUGCUUACGAUGUUUCGAGAAAUUAAGGAUAGAAGAAAAGGCGGAUCAGCGAGAUAAAAAUAGAGAUACAUCCAACAUGGGUUUUGACAAUGAGAAAAUUGAUUUAUCUCCUGCAAAAAAUUUAAAAACUGAUGAGGCAAUUAAAAAUCUUGAUACAACAAUUUUACCGCAACUGCCUGAAAGCGAUACUCAUUGCAAACAAUUAGAGAACAAGACUGAUACGAUAGAUACCGUAAUAAUCUCGAAUUCGUUCAAAAAGUUUUAUACUUUUAUAGACCAAGUUAUUGAAAUGUGCGACGAUACGGAUAUAUCGUUUGAGAAAUUUAGCUUAUAUCAAGCUAGCAUAGCGUGGAGAGCUGCUGCGGGUGUAGCGUUGUGCAGUCCGAAAUUUCGCACCGAAUUGUCCGCGCAUCCUGUAUCUAGAAAAUUGCUACAUUUAUUUAGGCUGUUAACUAUAGGCCUCGCCACAGACAGUAUUGAAGAUACUGGCAAAUCGGCACAUAAACUCUUCGAGGCCCUGAUUACGUGUUGUAUGAUAUCUCCGUUGUAUGAUUGUGACAUAGUCAUGGAAUUAAGAAAAAUAUUGACGAGUACCGGGAUAAAGCUCGGUCGUGGAAUAGCUGUGAUAGUGGAUACGAUAUUAAAAGUUUCUAUGUUGAAGCCAACACAGGAAAAUAGCAUACCUCAACAACCGCGUCCUAGGUUACCAACUUUGUCGUUAGAGAAUCCACCGGAGUACAGCGCUGAAGAUAGUAGCACAUGUGAAUACGUAACCGCUGAUGAUGGAUAUGAGGCGGAUGUCGAAGUACCUGAAAAGAGUCCCAACAAGAGUAUCUCUAAGAAGAGUAGUCCUCUUGGGCUUGUAGUAGAACCGAGAGGUCAUGCUAAUGCACAUCCUGCUCUAUGUUCCUUGGCGAUAGAUCUUUUAAUUCACUUCAGCGAACAAGGUUUAGAUUUAGAAAGAGGCUCGAUAAUAAUUGGUGGAUUGCGAAGAAUCGCUGGUACAUGUCGAGAAAGUGCUUCAAGUUGCGCUGCUCUCGCAGCUUCAGGAACUAUUAUGAAGAUAUUGAAUGGCUUUAAAAAUGUAUUCAUUAAUAAUGAUCCACGAUAUCGAGAUUUGCAACACGCCGCGUUGGAAGUUUUUACAUUGUUGACGACACAAUCAAUCUCAUCGACCGAAUUAGUCGAAUAUCUGUCUUUCUUCAAAGCGGAAAGACCGCCGUUGUUACCAUUGCUGGAACCAUUGUAUCACUUAGUACUGGUGGCACGACCUCAACCUAAUUUUAUCUUGUCGUUUCCCGUGCAUUCUGAUAUAAAAGCAUCAUCGAAGACGGAGCAACAUAAAAAUCUGGAGAAGGCUGAGAAUCUCGUGAAAAAUUUCAGAAAUAAACAUCUCGCGGCGGGAAUUUGCAGUCCGUGGUCUGUACAUGCGACGUGUCUACCCGUCGGUCCGGAACUUACCUGGCCAGUAUGGUUGCACGGUUGCUCCGCUUCUAUGUGGCUAAGGGUAGAAAGAGGAAUGUCAAUCAGUAGUCGUGCGACAGUUUAUAACACUUCACCAUUGCUCGACUCGGACAACGAGAGUCUAUCCGAUUGGGGACUUCUUUCUGACAAUUGGAAUCGGGAAGUCGUAGCAGAUUCUGUGUCGCCCCCCACACCAACAUCAAUAAUACAUUUGAUGUCGAUUGGUUUCGAAUCGUUGGUUCUAGAAUUGUGGCUUGAUCUAAAAUCAGAUAAAUUAAUUUUACGACUUACUCGUCCGGACGAUAAGAUGAAUCGAACGAUCUCUGAAACUUCAAUAAAUGAUAUGCUUCCUUCGGGACAUUGGCAUCACUUAACGUUAAACUUUAAAGAUACUGUCUUGAAUAAGCAUAGUGCUGUAGUUGAAGUUACGCUCUGGGUAGACGGUUGGAAAGAGGUCAAUGCUCAUCUACCGUUUGACGGUUUAUUGAUGAGAAAACCGGGUACUACGUGCAUUUUAUUAGGUCAAAUCGGGUCGAGCAGUAUUGGCGCAUGGUACUUCGGAAAUUUAAUGAUUUUCAGAUGUCCAGUAUUCACGAAAGAACGUGCGUUGUAUCUAACAGGUCUUGGACCAAAUUACACCAACUUGGCGGAUUGUAUUUUAAACACUGUGAAACCUGAUUUUGCGCCUCUUAUUGCAUCUGGCGCACUGAAUGGUGUUUGCGAAGUGAAAUAUGAAGGAGGAAACUUCGAUUCAAGCCGACGAAAAUCUUACGGUGGUACUUAUUUGAGACAUGCUGUUGAGAAAGUGAUGUCAGAAUCGAAAAUUGACUGGGACGCUGUUAUGGAUGCAACAAAUUCGCAUCUUGGCGAGUUGCAAGAUAAUUUGCUUCUCAGUUACGAGGCUCAAAAUCCUUACAUCGUACAUCUGUAUCCUCAAGCUAUCACUAAUCCUGCUGUUAUUGUGAAAAAUAUCUUUCCGGGCCAACCAAGUUUUAGAAUCAUCUCAGCCCCAGAACAUAGAGUAUCACAGCAACCGCCUUUAUCGAUACCUCCGAUUAUAUCUACUCGUUUAGAAAACCAACAAUAUCGAGGGCUUAUACCUGCAGCGAUUUUAGUAGGUGGUGUACCAGUAUUUUUAUAUCUUUUUGCGAGGGUGGUUGAAUUAAACUCUACUGAAGAGGAACAAGCUCUAGCUCUCUCCAUAGUCCUGCAUCUUGUUCGUAGUGAUUCAGAACUCUUAAACCAAUACCGAUCGAAUGGCGGGACAUUACUGGUUCUUCGCGUUCUAGAGUCAUCUCGGUGCCACACAGGUAGACACAUUCUGAAGGCGAUGCUGGAUGCGGCGUGUGACAGCUCGAUCAUCAUCAGAGACGUUGACAGUGCUAAUCAUCCAAUUUCUCAAAAUUGCGAGGCUGUUAUCACGGAUCCAGAAUUGAUCAAGGCCGCGCUUACUGCAUGGAGAGCAUGGGCGAAAUAUGAUACUUUAAAUUUACUGCUGCAAACGCUGUUACUUUUACUCCGAGAUCAACAUUCGCAGCGUGAAUUUAAUGCAUCUCAAUUAAACAGAGUUGGAAUUGUGGAUACAAUCCUUACCUUGUGUAAGGAGCAUUUUAUGUACGAAAUAAAUGAAGAGGUAAAUACCGCAUUGGAUUCGAAUGCUGGAAUCGCUAUUGUGGAACUGAUACGCGCCUUGAUGGGCGCACCGCCGGAGUUUGCUCAUUUGGUCGCCAUCACUGAUUAUUUAGUUCUUGUUCAUCAAGCUUCGGAGACUUAUGUUACUCACUCGCGUCAAAAUAUCUAUUUUAUGUUGCCGCAACUCAGGGAGACGAAAACAAAUCUGAAAAGAAGUGACAACGUUUCUAUUUCUUCCAAUGAUUCGAUAAACUUGAUGGAAAAUAGUAAAUUGGACAAGGCAUUAAGAAAUGAACAGAUUCAAAAUAUUCGAAGUCCCAAAAAGAAAGAUCGUAAAAGUGCAUUAUUGACGGAUAAUAUUAGCGGUGGAGAAGACUCUGGAAUUGCCGCUAGCGAUGGAUCUAUUCCACAGAGCAAUGAAAGACCAUCAACAUAUGCAGACGAGAAAAGAGCUUGUCAAGGCUUAGUCUGCGAAGGGUUGUUGUUACUGUUAAGAGAUGCUGUAAGAGUAUUACCAGACUGCCAAGUUGGAUCAGUGCUAAAGCAUGUUUUAAGAGCUGAACUGUUAUUAGUUUUAGCCAAUGAUCCUGAUAACCGUGUACGUACAGCAUUGAUCAAGGUGAUACAAACCUAUCUACAACGUGCUAGCGAUGAGGAAGUUAAUAAGUUUAUAAAGCAAAAAUAUUUCAUGCAUCUAGCAAAUCAGAUAGCUUUAUAUCCCGCAAGUGAUUCGUUGGUCAUCGCUUUAGAGAACUUAGCUGUACGAAGUCCGACUUUAGCAGCAAUGCCAAUGUUAAUGGCUAUAAUUGCAAAGACUUCAAACUCUGAUUCAAGUAUAAUCAGACCAUUAAUAUUGUUUAUAACUGAUGUAAUAGCAAAGAAUACGAAUGCACUGAAAAUACUUUUAGAGCAAGGCUUAAUUGAAUCAUUGGUACAAGGUUUAGUCGGGGCUACGCAAAAAAAAAAUAACUCGAUGUCCCUUCAUCGAGACAUUCAUGUGCUGUUUGUGACAAUUGCGACUAAACUUCUAGAAUUACCUGGUAGUCAUCAGAUACAAGCGGUAUUAGAUCUACAUGUAAUACUUGAUUAUAUGGAAAUAUCGGAAAAGUUACGACGCUGCACGAGUUCGAUUCGCACGAUCGUGAGAGAUGCCCAAGUCGCGUUGUUUGAUGGAGAAUUGGACGCGCUCGUGACAAAAUUAUCGAAUCCCUCAGGAUUCCGUCUACGUAGCACGGCUUCUUACUUGGCUUCGGCAUCUUACUUCACUUCAGUUCUUACGACGUCUAGCGAGCAAAGUGAUCAUGGAUCCCAUUCCUCUAGCUAUAGUAGCUUCCAUGCGAGCUCGCCCCCGGUGCUGCGUGAACCCGGUAAAGGAGAAUUGAACGAUCGUUUUCGUAUCAUCGUAACACGCGCGGUUGAAUUUAUAACGGCGAUCGAUAUGUCACCGUCCGUCAACGAAUUGCAGCUAACGAAGAGAUUAUUUUCCGUCCUUUUGCACGGUUUGUGCAAUCCACUGGAGAAAAAAAAUCAUUGGAGCAGUACGUGGUCCAUUAAACCAGCGUUGAGAAAAUAUACGGCUAGAAUUAUGAUAUGGCUGUUGGAGCCACAUCAAAGUAUCAAUACGAGAAUGUACGCCAUUAGGUCUUUAAUGGAAGAACCAAGAGCUCGCGAAAUCCUAUCAUGCAUUUUGGAGGUUCAUCCACAGAUAGAACAAAAGUUUACCGUGUUUUUUUGGGAUUUAUUGCAAAAACGGGACGAAAUACCCAGUGCCGAUGCUAGAGUAUGCGCCGAACUGAGAGAAGCUCUACGUGUGUGGAAUCUCGCGAAAGGGAUAGAGCAAGCCAAUCCAGAAGUGUGGAACGACGAAUUAGCUCUGUUACGUCGAGAUUUGCUUCUAGAUCGAGAUAUUUGUAUUGAUAAUUACCCUGCAGUUUUAAGAAUUGGCAAAAGAUUCGAUGCAUUGGCGAAGCAAUUAAUCGAAAGUGCCAUGAAUAUAACGCGUUUGGUUGUGGAAGAACAAAACCGUGAGCGUAAGGUGUUAAUGGAACAGUUGAAACACAUGCGAGCAUUAGAGGCUCAGGCAGUGGCCAGGUGGAGAGAUAUAGCCAAGCGAUUAACACAUGAAUGGGCGCCAUGGCAUUUUUCCGACAGCUAUCCGAAAAGUUGGGAAUUGGAUCCGACUGAAGGCCCCGCGAGAGUUAGAAUUAGGCUUCAGAGAUGUCAUUUGAAUAUUGAUAAAAAAUUCUUCUUACCUGAACAUCAAGACAAUUUAAAAUCUUCCAAUAUCGAAAUGCCGUUGUCGUAUUUAUUUACGAGUACUCGUGAAGAUGCCAACACUGCAGCUUUAAUCGAACGAUUACAGACUGAGAAAAUACGUAAGAUGUCUCAAGCGAAAGUUGUAACACCUAGGGCCGAAUUAGCGGGAGAAGUUCUCAUUGGUGAGACAUGCGUGUAUUUCGUUCCGGACAAUCCCGAUAUGCCGUUACAUACGGACAUAGCAUUGGGCGGUUUCGAUUUGGCUGUAACCGGUGGUACUGCUUGGCGUCUCGAAGAUAUUCGCGAAUUGCAUAGAAGAAGAUAUCAAUUACAAGAGAGAGCUAUCGAGAUCUUUCUCAUUACUGGCAGAACGUAUUUAUUAGCGUUCAAUUCAUCCAAGGAAAGGGACGAAUUUACGACCGAGUUAUCAGCUUGCAAUUUACCCAGGCGAAUCCCUGGUGAUGAUUUGGGAGAGGCUCUGACCUUAUGGAAAAAUGGCGCGCUCACUAAUUGGGAAUAUAUCAUUUGCUUGAACAAACUGGCGGGUCGUUCGUAUAACGACUUGAUGCAAUAUCCCGUAUUCCCUUUUGUUUUGGCGGAUUACAUCAGCGACAAGAUCGACUUGAACAAUCCGAAAAUUUAUCGAAAUUUUAAACGACCGAUGGCUGUGCAAGAUAAAAAGAAUGAACAACAUUACAUAAAUAAUUAUAAUUACUUGAAGCAAACUUUAACAGAAGGAUUAAAUCUGAUUGCCUUAAAUCAAGGACCAUUCCAUUAUGGAUCUCAUUAUAGUAAUUCUGGAACAGUGUUACACUUUUUGGUGCGGCUUCCACCGUUCACUAGCAUGUUCCUAUGUUAUCAAGAUAAUAAUUUUGAUAUUCCUGAUCGAACAUUCCAUGCCUUAGCUACCACAUGGAGAUUAACUAGUUGCGAUUCCACAACGGAUGUGAAGGAACUGAUACCAGAAUUUUUCUAUUUACCUGAAUUUUUAUUAAAUUUUGAAGGAUUCAAUUUUGGCGUGCGACAAAAUGGUAACAAAGUUGGAGACGUUGAAUUGCCAAAAUGGUGUGGCGAUGACGCACGUCUAUUCAUAUUGGCGCAUAGAGCCGCGUUGGAAUCAGACAUCGUGAGAGAAGUAUUACCAUAUUGGAUCGAUCUCGUUUUUGGAUUCAGACAGACGGGAAAACCGGCGAUAGAAGCUAUAAAUGUCUUUCAUCCUGCUACUUAUUACGGAUUCGAUGUAGAACAAAUAGCCGAUCCCUUAGAACGUCAAGCUUGGGAAACGAUGGUACGAACUUAUGGUCAAACGCCUGCACAAUUAUUUAGAGCUCCUCAUCCAUUGAUUCAGAAUCUUAGCAAUGUAACGCUCUCUAAUCAAACAUUGCAAGUUAUUGAAGGAGUCAGCGGUAUAAAAUGGGGAAAUUAUGUAGGUGCGCCUGGCAAUAAGCCUGUAUUAUGUUGGAACUUGAAACACAAAACUCCAUUAGCUUCUCUAAUUCCUCUGGCAACCGGUGAUGUUUUCGGUUUACCUAAUUACACGACGCUUCUUCUGGCUUAUACUAAAGAGAAAGGUGGUAGUAUGGUAAGUGGUAUGUCUGUCUUAGGUGCUGCGUUAGCAUCAUGGAGUGGAACAGAUGGAAUUGCUAGAUUAAAAUGUAAAAAGGAACAACCACCAAGGCCUUUAAUUAAAUCUUCAGGCCUCGAUCCUAUCAUGACAUUGGGAUCUACUCCAGAUUGUGGACAACUCUGGAUCGGACAUUUAUCAGGCAGAAUUAUAGUGCAUACGUACACUAUUGGGGCUACAGGCAAAAUCGAAUUCAGUUUAGCACCUGCAACAAUACUUUUAGCUCAUAGAAGUCGGGUGACAACAAUAUCUUUGUCACGUGCGUUUAGCAUUGCUUGCUCCGGCGAUGCUAAUGGGGUCAUUGCUAUUUGGGAUUUAAACAGUUUAACAUAUGUGAGGUCAAUAGUCUGCGAUCAAGGUUAUACUAUACAUCUUCUAUGUAUCAGUGAAACACUUGGUGAUGUAGCAGUUACUUUCGAGAUUCCUAGAUCAGAAGUCAACGUGACCGCCGAUCGAUCCGAGUUGAGUGUUUAUACUAUAAAUGCAAGAGCUGUCGGCUCCAUUUCAUCCAAACGACGUGUAACAGCGCUUUGUUACAGCAGCGCACCAGAAGGAGUUUCUGUAAAUGUUAUUGCAACUGGUUUAGACAAUGGAAUAAUAAGAUUAUGGAGCAGUUGGGAUCUGCAGUUAGUUAGAGAAAUUUCGACUAAUGUGAAAAAUUGUUGUGCAAUAGUUGCUGUAGUAUGGUCCCUGGAUCAACACCAUUUAUACGCGGUCACGGAAGACUCUACUGUAUUAAUUUGGGAGGGAUCCAAGCGUCUCAGUAACGGUACUCCAAAAUUCGUCAACUUAACAUCAUUCUAAUCUGUACAAUCGUAAUUUGAACAAUUAAAAACUGUUGCAAGGACAAAUGUAUGAACUAAGAACAAAGCUUAUAUAUAGAGAAAGAGAAUUAGAUUGGGAACAUAAAAGUGAUGUUAUUUUCUAUAUUACGUUUAUCAUAUUUUUAUUAUCUUUUUUGUUUUGUUUAUUAUUUUUAACAUUAUUUAAUAUGUGAUUAUUUCUGCAUUAUUAUUUAAGAAUUAAUGUUCAAAUAAUUAAUUACACUCGAUCUUUUUUUAUUUUGAGUCACGAUCAUGACAUUGAUGACAAAAUGAAUAAUGUAUCAAAUUAUCUUAGUGAUUCUGAUACAAUGAUUAUCCCUAGUUAUAUAUAUAUAUAUUCAUUCAUUAUGUCUCUUUUUUUGUUUUUAAUAAUAUAAUUUAUAUAUAUAUAUAUAUAUAUAUAUACACAUAUAUACAUAUAUAAAUUUUUAUAAAAUAUUGCAAUAACAAAGACAUAUUAAUGGAAACUAUUCAUUUUUUCAAUAAUGUUUGCUCAUAUUUUUGACAUAUGUAUAUAAAGUAAAUAUUUUUACUGCAUUAAA